AUGUGUCCCGCCGGACCAACGCCGGGAUCAUCCGCGUUUCUGCUGCUUCUCAUCUGCAUAAUUAAACUUGGAACCUGGAAAAAUAACCGCCAACCCACUGGCGGACCCUCUCUGUCUGGAAAGGCCGCUAGGCAAUGCGCUCUACUGUCCACUAUUGGCGCCACGGGAGUGCGCCGUCUCGAUCCAUUGCACAAGCAGAAAGCUCUCUCGUCUGUAGACGAAUGUCAUCCGCAGAUUGCUGCUUCUCCUGCAUUCACCACUGGGUAUGAUGAUGUAUUGGCCGUGACUUCCCAGAUGGACGCGUUGCUUCUAAUGAGCUCACGGCGUCCCUUGGCUAUGUUGACCUAUGUUGGCCUUUUGAAGGAGCUGCAUGUAUUCAGUGGCCGACCUGAUCUGUUGACAGUGCUCGAAAGUCAGGAUGAAUGA